CACAAAGAAGCCGUUAACUUGUACGGUUCGUUCUAGAAAAAACAAGCUUGAUCAAUUGCUGCGUCUCCGUUAAACAACUCUCUUGAUACAACUGCAACCACCAUUUUACAGGGUCUCUCUCAGACUCUUCACACCACACUGAAGCAAUGCUUCACCUCCUCACCACACCCUCCCUCCCCUCCUUUCCAGCCAAUACCAAACCGCACCACCACCACGUUCACUCUCUAACGCCCAAUCGAUCCAAGGCUUUUCCUCAUCCCCACCGUCCUAUCCGAUGCGCUGGCAGUGGCAACGUCAAAGUCGAAGUCGACUCCUUCACUAAGCGCUCCGGGUACCUCUUCGAGCUCACCGUCUCGGAGGCCGAUUCCUUGGCCGAGUACGGCCUGUCGAAGAUCGCCGCUAUCUACAAGAGGAAGCCGCUGGUUCUCAUUCGCCGCGUUAUUCAGAUCGGGUCCACUUUUGGGAGAUGGUUCGGGCUCCGGUACCUCGACCGGGUUAUGGAGCGCUCGGACCAGAUGUUCGAGGUUAGAGCUGCAGAGCUUCGGAAAAUAUUGGUGGAACUUGGACCGGCAUAUAUCAAAAUUGCUCAGGCUAUCUCAUCCAGACCUGAUUUGAUACCACCCUCAUACUUGGAUGAACUCUCACUGUUGCAAGAUCGAAUAAGUCCAUUUUCCACUAAAGUUGCUUUCAACACAAUCGAACAAGAACUUGGUUUACCAAUAGAUGAACUUUUUUCGGAGAUUUCACCAGAGCCUAUAGCUGCAGCAUCCCUUGGGCAGGUUUAUCAAGCUAGGCUUCGUCAUGGGGGAGAGGUUGUUGCUGUUAAAGUGCAGAGACCUGGAAUUCAAGCCGCCAUAUCCCUAGACAUACUAAUCUUGCGUUUUCUAGCAGGGUUACUGAGGAGAGCAGGCAAAUUGAACACUGAUCUUCAGGCUGUUGUUGAUGAAUGGGCAUCAAGUCUUUUUCGGGUAAAUCACAUUGAAUGCAGGAGAUGGAUUACAUAAAAGAAGCAAACAAUGGUCUCAAGUUCAGGUAAUAGCAUAGAUUUGA